GGCGAACCUGGUUUUCCAAGCGCGGUUUAAAUCAAGGCAAAUGAGCUAUGGUGGUUUGAUUCGGAAGAACAGUGAAAUUAGUUCUUGAAAAAAACAUCUUUUUUAUCGCACAACUAAAAUCUUCUUACAAUUUUUCAAAUUCUUACGUCUUGUUCUUUUUUCGGUAACUGACAUAUUUUGUAUCCAAAGUUUUGAACGGUAUCUUAAAUAUUAGGUUUACCAACUAUGUAAUUAAGAAGUAACCAAUGAGAUAGUACUUUAUAUAAUCAAUUUACAUAUAAAGGAACUGUAGCUGCAUAAUGUUUACCUUGAGGAAAAAUACUUUAUCGCUCUUCUUCUUUCUGUCAAUAUAUGAACUACAUGCUACUCAAAGUCCUCUACCCGUUGUUUUUUGGCAUGGAAUGGGAGACAGCUGUUGUUUCUCAUUUAGCUUGGGUGCAAUAAAGAAGUUAAUAGAAGCAACAGUUCCUAAUAUCUAUGUACACUCCAUUCGUAUAGGAAAUAAUGAAAUAGAGGAUGUUGAACACAGUUAUUUUGGAAAUGUCAAUGAACAAAUACAGGAGGUGUGUCAGCUAUUAUCCACAGAUAAACGUUUCAAAGAUGGUUACAAUGCCAUUGGAUUUUCUCAAGGUGGUCAAUUUAUGAGAGCGGUAAUUCAAAGAUGCCCGAAUCCUCCGGCUAAGAAUUUUAUUUCUGUGGGUGGUCAACAUCAAGGUGUUUUUGGAUUGCCAAAUUGUGGAAGUUUAAAACAAAAUAUUUGCAGUUACAUAAAUCGGAUGAUAAAAUAUGGAGCAUACCUAAAAUUAGUUCAACAAAAACUGCUUCAAGCUACUUAUUGGCAUGAUCCAUAUCAAGAAGAGGAAUACAAAGCAAAGAGCAUGUUUAUGGCGGACAUUAAUAAUGAACGGUACAUUAAUGAGACAUAUAAAGAAAAUCUUCAAAAGUUAAAUGCCAUGGUAUUAAUUAAAUUUGAUAAUGACACAAUAGUUUGGCCUCGAGAGACAGAAUGGUUUGGAUUCUAUAAACCAGGACAAGCAAAAGAAACUCAGGCUUUAGAAGAGACUGACUUAUAUCGCAAGGAUUAUUUAGGACUGAAAGCACUUGCAAAGUCAGGAAGACUUCAUUUCCUUUCUUCACCUGGAAAUCACUUACAAUUUACAGAAGAUUGGUUUAUUGAUAAUAUAAUUAAACCAUAUUUGAUGUAAUCAACAAAUUUAUCAAUCAAGCCAAUUUUCAAGCUAUUUCACACAUAGCUUUUAACUGUUAACAUGUGAUGUCGUUAAUUUCCUUAGACAAGAACGGUGAAUCGUUUGAGAUAAGGAUAAAAAUUAUAAAUUUUUAUUUAAUCUAUAUUUGCAUUGUUAACACUUCAAAUACUUUUUUAAUAAACAUCUUAACUUGAAAAACAAUAACUCUGUACUUUAUAGCUGUAUCAUAUUAAAACGCAGAAACAUGUUCGUGAUUUACGCUGAGACAUUGUAAGUACGUAUGCUCGAAAACACGGCAGAAAAAUAUUAUAUAUGUACUCUUACAAUGAUAGUACAGUAAAACCAUUGUUAAGGAACACUUUUUAAGGGAUACGUAAAAACUAAUUACGUUAUCAUUGAGAGUGCUGCAGUUGCUUUUUCUUUGAUAAUUCUGUAAAAAUUUACUGUGUAUGUCUAUCUUUUACGGUUUAGAACUACGCAGGGGGUCAAGCUUAAUUGAGUAAUUCCCCGUGCAUAGCACCGGCGUUCCACAUGUUAGUAAUUAAAUGAUUAAACAAGAAGUUUAAUUAGGAUAUGUACUGUAUGAAAAUAAAGAAAAAUUUAUCAACAA